UUAAGGGAAAAAAAAAAACAGUCGGCGCAUCGAGCCAUUGGCAUCCAGAACUGUUGUUAGAAUCGCGCAAAGAUCCACUUCAAAAAUAGCUCCCCAAACAUCAAUAUUUCUUUCCACAAAAGCUUCCUUCUUUACUCUCUAUAGAACCCUGAAUUUAUAACCAACCAAUUCUCGGAGUCUCUGUUAUAACUCUUCCUUAUCUCCCUCAAUUUCCAUUUCAGGUCUUCAAAUUCUGUGAGAGGAAUCAAAGUUUGGGGAGAACGGUCGAGGCAACCAUCAGUACCAGUAUCGUUUGCCUUGGAGCUCGGUUAACGUUAAGUGAAAGAAACAGACAAGCAUGUCAAGCAGUGGUUCGUCGAACACGAGAUCUUAUCACGGGCAUGCAGCGGAUAAUAAUUGCCACCGAAACUUGGAAGCAAUGCUGCCACAUAAUUUGUACAAUUCUGGUAGCUCCACUAAUAUUAAUGAUGAUUCAGAACGUUCGUCUGCCACCUGUAUUUCUCCCUCGUCAUCACGGGGUAUGGCAAUUUCGGAAACUCAUCCUACAAAUUUGGUAGGUGGAGACAAUUCCCGGAUUCCCUUUUUGCCACAUGAGAUUAUGAUGUCUUCGAGAUCGCCUUUAGGCUCGUCCUCAAAUGAUGAGGUGGCAGGCACACGAGUUCGGACAGGUUUGCAGUUUUCGGCGGAAGCGCCAGGUGGCCGUUUUAAUGCUCGGGAUGCUUCGUUGACUGAUGAGGAGAGAGAGAUUCUGAUUGAUCAAGUCUUCAACCUGAUGCAGAUGGACGACCAAUUUCUACCCGAGGAUAAUAUACCUACUGAUCCUUAUGUGAGUAGAUAUGGUGAGUCGCGCGACAUAUACAGAGACAUGAGACUUGAUAUUGACAGUAUGUCAUAUGAGGAAUUGCUGACCUUGGAGGAAAACAUAGGGAAUGUGAAUAGUGGCGUGAGCCGCACAAAAAUAAGAGGCUCUAUGAGACAAUGGAAAUAUGCCGUGCCAGACUUGAAGUUGUGCUGCAUAUGUCAGGAGGAUUACGCUGCUGGAGAUGAUGCCGGGAAACUCGAUUGUGGUCAUGAGUUUCACACGGGUUGCAUUGAACGGUGGUUAGUACUGAAGAAUGUAUGCCCCAUCUGUAAAGUGACGGCCAUUGGAACUUGACGAAGUCUUUUUCUGGCUGGAGGGCAGAACGGUCAAAUCCUCCAAAAUCAUUCUUAGAAGUUAGAACCUUGCAGGUUUAACAUUAAUGCUUGUUUGUGUUCUUAUAGCAAAGAGUACAAUAACUGAGAUUGUAAAUAGUACUAGGAAAUUUAAAACUUUGUGAUUUUAUAUAACUUUUGAUUUCAACAUGUGAAUUAAGAGAAAAGUAAAAAUAGGAGGUUGAUUAUCAGUUUUGCUAUGGAGUCCUCCAAUAAAUAUACAUUGGACAUGUGUCAAUACAUUAAGUGGUAUAUGACUCCAUAGAAUUUU